AUGAUUGGAGCUCGCGUCUUUUGUAUCACGACAUCACUACAAAGAUCAUCAUCUAUCUUCUUCCUCCCCAAGAUCCCGACCCGACCCGUUUCCAGAAUAUCAUCACCCGCAAUUAGAUCCAUCAUCACCAUGAGCAGCAGCACCACCACCACCACCGGCAGCAAAAACCAAGAGGAACUCGAUUCCAUUUUCAAGCAGAAAAAGGUCGUGCGUUCCACUGUCCGCAAAUCCCUCAAAGCCAUGGACCCUUCCCUCCGAAUCCAGCAAGAUGACGCCAUUCAAAACACUGUUCUUGAAGCUCCUUGGUUCAAAUCAUGUCGGGGUUUGUGUGCUUACAUUAGCUGCAAGUCUCUCAAUGAAGUCGACACUUCUAAGAUCCUAUCUCAAAUUCUGCAACACCCUGAUCCAAAUACACAGAAGAAGCUAUAUGUCCCUCGUGUGGAGGAUAAGAACAGUAACAUGCGUAUGCUUCACAUAUCUCAUAUGGAUGACCUCAUUGCAAACUCGAUGAACAUUUUGGAGCCAGCUUCAGUUGAUUCCCUAGGAAAUGAGCGUGAAGAUGUGAUGCAAGCAGAUGAACCCAUCGAUCUAUUAAUCUUGCCAGGGCUUGCGUUUGACAGAUGUGGAAGACGUUUAGGUCGUGGGGGUGGCUACUACGACACUUUCUUGAAGAGAUACCAGGACCGUGCAAAGGAGAAGGAUUGGAGUCAUCCACUUAUGGUUGCAUUGUCGUACUCGCCUCAGAUUCUUGAGGACGGAAGUAUUCCAUUAACACCGAAUGAUGUUCUGAUCGAUGCCCUUGUGACACCUUCUGGUGUGGUUCCCAUUAGCCCUCGUGCUAUAGAGAGAAUGUGA